UUUAGUGCUUGAGCAACUUUCAGCGCGAUCAAAUCGUCUGCGAAUUUUCAGUGUAUAAACGUUUUGUUGCAACGUAGUCACAGUGCCACCGAUCGUACCGAAGCAGAACGUUGUCGUUGUCUUGUCCCGCGCGACAAUAGAUCGCAUAUCGUAUAUUUGUCGUCGGCGUCAUCAUUGCUUUUCGAUAAGCGAUAAGACUUUGCCAUUUACGGACCACUGGGCUGUAUUGUGUUCGCGAGUUCACCAACGCGCUGUGAUUUUUGUACGUUUUUUUAGAAGUCUUGACCGCAGUUGAGAAAAAGUCUCCAAAAAGUGUCCUUUGUGCGCCAGUUCAUCGAGUGUUCAUUGUUGUUUUUUAAACGUAUAUAUUUGUCGUGCGCUUUUCGUGGCAGACAAUGAGCCCGAAAUUGCAUGAAUUCACUGUUGUGCUGCGACGUGAUGGCCCCGAAACGCCCUGGGGUAUACGUCUCGUCGGUGGCAAUGAUCUGGAUACACCGCUCAUCAUAACCAGGGUUCAAGUCGGCAGUCCCGCCUACGGAGAGGUGCUGCGCGGCGACAUUAUCGCCAAGAUACGUGACUAUGAUGCACGUGACGUAAGCCACGCUGACGCCGAGACGUUAUUCCGUAAUGCAGGCAAUGAAAUUAAAAUCGUCGUACAUCGUGACAGUAAAAUCGCAUACACACAAGGACUUGGCAGCGAUCCAUACAAAGCUGGGCUAGGUCCCUCACCGGUGAAUAGCAUUAGUCCAGAUUUAACCAAUGCCAAUGUGCCACAUAGAGGACCCUCACCAUUCUUGCCAGGACCCGGCCAAUAUGAGCGCGCUCUACAACUGCCUGUUGAUUCAUUGCCGCAAACAGUAUUUCCGAAACUGAACGCCUCGGGCGGCUAUGUGCCACCGUUGCCACAGCCACAGGGCGGCUGCUUCAGCCCGAUGCCAACACGUGAUCACCAGCAAGACGUCGCCGAGGAACAAGCGGCCAUUGUGAAUCAACCCUACCGCACAACUCCAUUGGUACUUCCCGGUGCCAAGGUCAAGAAGGAUGCCCCAACCACAGAAUCUUACUUGAGGUAUCACCCAAAUCCGGCUGUGCGCGCUAACCGCGGCCACGAUUUUCAUGACAGUGUGAUGAAGCAACGUGUCGCUGACACCAUGUUGCACAAGGUUGUUGGUCAGGAUGCCGAUUCUGGCAGGGUAUUCCACAAACAAUUCAACUCUCCCAUUGGCCUGUACUCAGACAGCAACAUUGAGAGUACCAUCAGACAAACAGUUCCUGCCAGUACUGAAAGUCCGCGCAUAAGGAGUAGUCCUUUGCAUCGCCCAAUGCCGACCAAACUUGACCGUUAUAAGAAGACUCUUCAUUUUGAUCCAUCGAAGAGCGAAACUUAUAGAGCCAUACAGGAGGAGGGUUAUGGCAAUGGUUAUGCCCCACUACAGGAAGUGACAGUGCCGGUACAGCCAAAGGUCUUCCAACCAAACCGAUUGGUUCCAGGAAAGAAACCCAGCUCAACGCUCGUUCCCCCCACGGCGUACAAUGUGGUAAACUCACAUGAUGACUCCAUCCGUCAGAGUUCAUCCUUCAAUCGCUUGAUGUACAGUGUAUUGGGUGCGUCGGAAUACUAAGUUCUAUAAAUGUCUAAAAAUAUGUUUCAAAUACGAGUUAGCCCAUCGAUGUAUCCGAAACAAUAAAACAACACACACAAACAAUAAAGAACAACUUAAAUAAUGGUAGACUUAAAACAACAAUAUAAAAU